AUGGGCUUCGAGAUGCUAUGCGUUAGUUAUCCAGAUUUAUUCAUCACUUUUACUUGCAAUCCGCAAUGGGAUGAAAUACAACGGUACUGUGUAAAGCAUAAAGUCAAACCAGAGGACAGGCCAGAUAUGGUUUGUAGACUAUUCAAAGUAAAACUGGACAAGAUGAUUAAGGAUUUUAGAUACAACAAAUUAUUCGGGGUGACAAAAGCAGAUAUAGACAAAAUUAUUCGUGCUGAAAUUCCGGAUCCUAAUGUGGACAAUGCAUAUUACGAAGCUGUGAAGACUUUUAUGUUCCAUGGUCCAUGUGGUAUUAGCAGGCCAACUUCGCCUUGCAUGGAUGAAGGGCGUUGCAUAUGUCAUUUCCCUAAGAAGUAUAAUGAAGUUACCACAGUAGACGAAGAUGGUUACCCAAUUUAUAAGCGUCAAAACAAUGGACGCACAGUCGAAGUAUCAGGAAUUCAUCUUGACAAUAGGUAUGUCGUGCCACAUAAUAGAUUGUUGUUACCAAAGUACCGUGCUCACAUUAAUGUCGAAUGGUGUAACCAGUCAAGAUCUAUUAAGUAUUUAUUCAAAUAUGUAAACAAAGGGAGUGAUCGUGUCACAGCCUCCUUUUGCGCAAACUCCACCAAUGAAAAAUCAACUAAAGAAGUUGAUGAAGUGAAAAUGUUUUACGAUUGCCGAUAUAUAUCUCCCUGUGAAGCUGCUUGGAAGAUAUUUUCCUAUGACAUUCACUACAAGAAUCCAUCCAUGGAAAGGCUUAGCUUUCAUUUUCCAGAUCAACAACCUGUUGUCUUUACAGAUGACGAAUCAUUACUUGAGGUAGUUGCAAAGGCGACUAUUAAAGAGUCCAUGUUUCUAGCUUGGUUUAUAGCUAACAAAGAAUAUGCUAUAGCUAGAGAACUAACCUACAAUGAGUUUCCAAGCAAGUUUGUUUGGAAAUCGUCACCUAGAGAUUGGGCACCCAGGAAAAGUCAUCAAGUCAUUGGAAGGAUGAUCUUUGUUCCACCAUCAUAUGGUGAGCUCUAUUAUUUAAGGUUGUUGUUAAAUAUUGUAAAGGGACCAACAAAUUAUGCAGACAUUCGAACUUACAAUGAUGUUAUUUACUCAUCAUUUCAAGAUGCAUGCUAUGCACGCGACUUGCUUGAUGACGACAAAGAAUACGUUGAUGCUAUUGAGGAAGCAAGUCAUUGGGGCUCGGGUCAUUAUUUGCGAAAGUUGUUUGUGACUCUAUUGUGGUCUAACUCAAUGGUGCGCCCCGAAGCUGUUUGGGAAAAAACAGCCAUGCUAUUGAGUAAUGGAAUUUUGCAUGAUCAUAGAGCCAUGUUUGGCCUAUAUAAUCUAGCUUUGAGUGAUGAAGAAUUAAAGAAUCUAACGUUGAUUGAGAUCGAGCAAAUCUUGAACAGUAACAGAAAAAGCUUACGAGAUUACCCGACUAUGCCAUUUCCAUCAGGAGAUACUGACCAUCUCAGAACCCGAAACAAAAUGAUCUUUGAUGAGUUAAAUUAUGAUCGUAUUACAUUAGAAAAGCAACACACUGAGUGCCUCUCCAAUUUACUGCAGAGCAAAGAAAGGUUUAUGAUAAGAUCAUCAACACUGCAGAAAGUCAACAUGGACGUGUAUUUUUUUUUGUAUGGCCACGGAGGUACAGGAAAGACUUUCCUUUGGAAAACUUUAGCUUCGGCACUAAGAUCAAAGGGACAAAUAGUCUUAACUGUUGCAUCUAGCGACAUUGCCUCUUUAUUGCUACCUAGAGGUCAGACUGCACAUUCUAGGUUUGCCAUACCAUUAACUCCAGAUGAGUUCUCAACUUGCAACAUCAAGCAAGGAAGUCCGUUAGCAUAA